UCAGCCUGUGGGCACACUCCAUUUCCAAUCAUAUGUACUGGUGUGCUGCCACCAGCCAUGGCAAUGCUGAGGAGGUGCUGGCUAAGUGGUUGUCGAUUGGCAACCACUUAGCUAACAUACAUAGUGGUCACAGUGAAACCUUUCCAUCUUGUAUGCAUGGAGAAAUUCAAGAUAGAAUUUGGAUACCUGCUGGAACACGAGCUCACAAGGAGAUAGAAAGCAUCUUAAAGUCCAGAUAUCUCCUGAAAGAUGUAGCCAAACUGUCACCUCAUGGGCAGACAUCAUACCUUGAAGGAUUUCAUAGUGUCAUAUGUCACUUCGCUCCAAAGUUCUACCAUUAUCAUUACAAUGGUAUGAAGGCAAGGUUGUUGAUGUCUGCCCUCCACUUCAAUGAGAAUGGAACACGACUGAAAGCACACACCAAAACAGGAGAAGAGAAAUGGAGUGUCUCAUAUCCUAAGAGCAGAAACUGGGAGGCUACUGCUAAACCUCUCAAAACAAAUCCAACAUAUGAAUAUAUUGGCGAGCUGUUACAGGAGGUGUCCGACAUUCGAACAGAAUUUCCAAGUUGUGCCCUUGCUGACAACUCCCUAAAUGAACAUCAGCCACCCUGCAUGACUGAAACUCACGGAAAGAAACGGGAAAAACAAAUCGUUGUCAGAAACCAUAAAACACGUUUCCAUUAAAACAAUAUUUAUUCUAGUGAGAAUAAAGAAAUCCAGUAUAUACAUCUGAUGGAAAUGUUGCACGUAUAACAUGGACAACACAAGAAGGAAUCACCUUGCGAUGAUUUUUUCCCAAUUUCUGCCAAAUCCAGUAUGUAAAUCUUCUGUAGGCCAGAUGUCGAUAGAUUCUGAAAAAUAUGAAUAUGAUUUUAAGUACACAUACAUUGUCUCCAUUUCAACAUGCUGAACUUUUUUAAAAUUUCGAGAAAUACUACAUCCAUUUGGAUAAAGAGUAUGGGGUUUAUGGUUCUAGUUAGUGGGGAGGUUUUUGUGUAUUUCAAGAAUGUGUCUGUUUGAUAGUGUCAUGUCUG